UCAGCUCUCACCAGUUUAUCUUUUUGUUCACAUUACUUGAGCACAACACAAACCUUCUCAGUGUAUAUAUUCUCUGUCUAUACACUCAUAAACCCUUCAAAGUCUUGCAGCACAAAAAGAGGAGAAUGAGAAUCACUAAACUAGCCAAACAAGUUUUGUUACUUUUGGCCUUAGCCCUUACUACUCACGUAAUACAAGGUAUUAGAACAGAAGAUUUGGUGUCUCAGAAGUCCUCUCAAACCUUUACCGAACAAAGUUUAAAGGGUAGCAAUGUGGCAUUGAGAAUGAGGAAUUCUAGGAGAUUGAUGAUUGGAUCCAUAACACCAACCUGCACUUACAAUGAAUGUAGAGGAUGUAAGAACAACUGUAGGGCUGAGCAGGUACCUGUAGUGGGAAAUGAUCCAGUCAAUAGUCCAUACCACUACAGAUGUGUUUGUCAUAGAGGAUAGACUAUGUAGCACGACACUUCGGGUGUAUCCGACCUUUGUCUUCGGUCGACAUUAUUGCUAUGAACAUUAUACUUGGUGGUUAUAUACAAUCACUUUUUUCUCAAAAGAUUACAAGUGAGUCCGUCUGUGUCAUAUGUGAUGUAUGUAUCUAUCUUUGUCAUUAAUUCAUAAGAUAGCAAUAUAUAGGCUAUAGGACAGUGUAAUCUUUGGUUAUAGCAGGUGCUGGUUUUUAGUCAUCCAAAAAUUGAAUCUUGGCUUACUAAAACUCUUCUUUCCAAUUUUAGAAUCAGUUUAGAGUUUA